CAGAUCAUUCCCAGCAAGCUUUGGGAGUAUUUGUGCUGAAGAAUUAUUGGAAUUUUUACACGACGAAUUUCAUAGCUUCUGCAGGAUAUUUGUAACUUCUGGAAGGACAGCAUAAUUAUCUUCUGCCGGAGCAUUCUCAGCUGAGGACCAAGAUGAUCUUCCUGGUGGUGUUGGUGACCGCCCUACUGACGGUGGCGGCCGCCCACCCUCACCCCAUGGAUCUACACGGAGAAUGUAUGGCUAUGAGGACUCAGCAUGAAGGUCGGCAGAUGUUUGGGGUACCCAUGCCCAACUGUCUCAAAGGGAUCCAACCCCCGAAGAGCCACAUCAACACCAUGAAACAGUGUGCCAUUAUGAUCAAGAAGAAAGUCAUCAUGGUUCAGAAAGAGAGAUUGUUGUCUUUGAGCUUCGAUAUGGAAGGGAUGAUGGGCAUGGUGAAGGAGGCGCUGAGUGAGUGCCUGGUGGAGAAGAUGGAGCUGGUGGGGGAGGAUGACGCCCUCAACAUCACCAAAAUUCUUCAGACAGUUUCCGAGAUCAGCCACCAUUUUAUUACCCUAAAACAAUAG